AUGGAGGAGCUGAGCCACGCUUCCCCUCGCCAGCCUUCCCCUCUCGACCUCCCCCCAAAAGUUGUCGAUCAAGCCGACGAAGCUAAUGGACAAGGUUCAAGUCCCUCAUCGCCUCUCGUGACUUCCAAGUCAAUUAACUUACCUGCUCUUUGCACCGAAGACGUCGGUGCUCCUGCACCUAACACCAACAAUUAUUCUUCAAGCUCGAACACGACUCGUUCGAAUUUCGACAUCUCCCCCUCCCCGAAACUCCUCCCGAAUCAAAGUCCUCCCCAUCCCGCGGUCCGGGAUUCUUCGUCCCCCUCUUCGGCCGACCGGCCUGUCAUGGGUCAUCCUUCCUGCGUGUCUGACUCCUUCAGUAGACAGGAUACGACAUCGUCGACGUAUCCCACCUCUGACAGCAUAACAGGUCCACCCGAUCAGACAGGAUCCGAUUCUUCAUCCGGAGAUAAAGUUCCUAAAGCUGAAUCUUUCACUUCUGGUUUCCAUAAGCAUGAUAUCUCUUCAUCAAGAGAAGAGUAUUUCCAAGGUUCUAGCGUAAGCGACAAAGACCAUCAUUCAAUGAGUAGUUCUAUAUCAUCUUCAAUGAGUGGCUCAUAUUCAGGGUCGGAAAACCAUUCGUAUCCACCGUUCGACUCACAUCCUUCGACGGAUCUGAGAUCCUACCACCAAAAUUCGCCAAAUCCAGCGAAUCCUCUAAGUCAACAAUACCUGCCGCACAAUACGUCCAUGCAGAACUCCCCCUCUACCGCUGCCAGCUCAACGGAACAGAGUUUAUCGUCAUCCUCAUCUUCGUCGCUGCUGCAGAAACAUAGAAAUUCGCCAUUCAUGCAUCGGGAUUCACCUUUGUCGAACGAGUCGUCUUCCCAACACCUCCAUCCCCACGGCUCCCCUCGCAUGCAUCCCCACGAUUCUCCCCACUUCCACCACCAUCACCAGAACUCUCCACAUCUCCCCAUCAAUCCGUUGAGUUACCAAGGUGGACGAUCCAUCGACUCCCCUCUCAACCAAAGUUCCCCUUUACGGAAAGGUGAUGGUGGUCCGCAGGAUGGGAGGUAUCACCUAGAAUUCAACCCCGCCGCUCUUCACCGUCCACCCCACCAUGCGAUGCAGCAGUCUCCGUCCCCACAUAGACCGUACAAUGAGGGUCUACAGAUGAAGGACUCGCCUCAUCAUAGCCAACAUGACGCCCAGCAAGACCACUACCAUCAAUCCAUCAAGUCCCAACACCAGGGUGGACAUGAGGGCUACUGGAACAUGCACAUGGACUCUUUAAGCAACAAGCUGAGCAAAGAUGGCGGCAACAAAGACUGGUUCGACAGCAGCAGCUCCGACGCCCUCAUGUCGGACCGAGUGAACCACAAAUCUGACCCAGACCCAUACCAGGCCUACCAGGGUGGGGCCCAGAUGCCCUCACAUCAUGCCAUGGGGGGUCCUGACCCCGGAACACAUGAAAACUCCCCACUUGGACCCCAACAGCACAUGGCAGCCCCACAUGGCGGGUCUGCAUGUCACGGGUACUCCCCACAGCAACAACAGAGUGGCGGGGCAUCAGACCAGACCAUGCAAAGUACACAACACUACCCCAACUACCCGGGGCAUGGCAUGGGAGGAAACCUGUCCCCCAUGUCCCCAGGAUACCAGAAUUCAGCCUCAAGAAAUCCCCCUCCCCACGUUCCUCCCCCACAUCAGCAGCCGUACCACGGUGGUCAGUACCCAGGGGAUCCACAGCAGUACGGCCAGAUGCCCAUGCCCCAACAGCCGUACUCCGGCCAAGGGUGCCACAUGGGUCCGCAGGGCAUGGGGCCCCGUGGGCCUACGGGAAGGGAAGGAGACCCGUAUAGUUUCGUGGAUGAAUACACGGGACCUUCACCCAGACCCGUGGAUGAAGUUCUGGGCAACCAGCAACCCAAGAGAAGAGGGCGGAAACCCAAGCACAUCAAGCUCAUGGAGAACGGUGGGGAUCCGAUGGCAAUCGCAGCGGCGCUUGCGGCUCACGAGGCCAAGAAGAGGAAGAAGAAAAGCGUCGACCCUGAGGCCGACCUCAUGCCCACCAACCUUAAUGACCCACUUCUGAUGGCGGCGGCCCAGGCGGCCCACGAGGCCAAGAAGCGCAAGUUGAAGGCCCUGGGCCCGGACGGCAAGCUGGGCCCCGCGCUCAUCAAGCCCAGGAAGAAGAUGGACAGAUUUGAUGGCCUCGCGGAGGACGAGGUGGUCAAGCGCGUCCUACCUGACCAUCUCGGGCCUAACCUCGACAUAGUGAUUAUCUCUAAAUUCCCAUUCCAGAUAGGCAUAAAUCCAGGUUUGUUUGCGGCCUACAAGGGGCACCACUACGCUGGACCUGGCAACCACUUCUUAUCCCUCUCCCCUCUAGGGAAGUGCCUCUUCCUCUCCGGUCUCAUCCCCGAGCCGCUGACGUGUGACGACGACCACCAGCUCCUGCACCACGGCAUCGGCUUCACCAACAUCGUCGCCCGCACCACCCGCGGCUCUGCCGAACUCACCCGCAAGGAGAUCAAGGAGGGAGGUCAGCACCUGCUGUCAAAGCUGCAGCAAUAUCAGCCCAGGAUCGCAGUCUUCAACGGCAAAGGAAUCUACGAGAUCUUCUCCGGCAAGAAGGAGUUCUCCUUCGGCCGCCAGCCUGAGAAGAUAGAGGGCACCAGCACGCACGUGUGGGUGAUGCCGUCGUCCUCAGCCCGCUGUGCCCAGCUGCCCAGGGCCUUGGACAAAGUCCCCUUCUACACUGCCCUUAGAAAAUUCAGGGACUUCCUUAAGGGCACCUUAGACGAGCUCAAGGAGGAGGAUAUCGCCUUCGCCAACGUCAAAAUAAGGAACCUCAAGAAAGACCCUGAGAAGAUGGCAGCUCUUGCCGGCGACUCCAUCUUGAAAGGGGAAGCGAUCGUCGAGGAUUUCAUGGGAAACGACAUGUUGCACCCCCGGGACAUGCUGGCUGAGGACAUGCACAAGAGUUUAAUGGGCAGUGACAUGCAUAAGUCCAUGGGUGAAGAAAUGCACGUCGAUAUGAUGGUCAGGGAGAAGAUGAUCAAGUCGGAAAUGAUGGACAAUAUGUCGGUGGACGGAAUGGGCGCCAUGCGGAGAGAUGGCAUGGGCGGGGGCAGCGGAGAAGACGGCAUGAGAAGAGACAUGAUGGGUGGAGAAGAGGGCAUGAAGGGAGACAUGAUGGGCGGUGAAGAGAGUAUGAGACGAGACAUGAUGGGUGGAGACGAUGCCAUGAGGAGAGAUAUGAUGGGUGGUGAAGAGAGUAUGAGACGAGACAUGAUGGGUGGUGAAGAAAGCAUGAGAAGAGACAUGAUGGGUGGAGAUGAAGGUUUGAGACGAGACACAAUGAUGGGGGAUGAGUCUCAGCGAGACCUGCUGUUUUCUCCUGGAGGGGACGGCAGCAUGAUGCUGGGCGAGGACGCCAUCAAGAUGGAGAUGAGCGACCUCUGCGUCAAGGAGGAACUCGAGGACGACGAGGACGUCGCUAAGAUCACCCCGCAGUCCCUCUUCAAACUCAACGGCAUGUCCAGGGAGCAGCUCGAGAGCCUUGACUGUCCCACAAUCCCCAUCAGGAAGAAGCGGGGACGACCCAAGAAGACCCCUGAUGACCCGAACCUUCCCGACCGCCCGCGUCAGCGGUCCCUGUCCCAACAGCAGCAGAUGGGGGGCAUUGGCCCCCCAGGGCCACUUGGUCCCCCCGGGGCCAUGAUGUGUAAUGGGUUGAGCUCCCCACUGAUGGAUGAAAUUCCCCGGAAGAAGCGCGGGCGACCCAAGAAGCUUCUGCCCGACGGGUCCAUCCCGCCGCCCAAGCGCCCGGGACGCAAGCCUAAGGCCCUGAAGGAGAUGCUGCAGCAGGCCCAUGGCCCUCCCAUGGGGCACAUGGGGGGCAUGUCCCUACAUGAUUCCCCCCACCACAUGGCUCUGAACCACAUGAACGGCAUCAUGUCCCCACAGGGCUUUAGCCCCAACCACAACACGCACACGUUCUCCCCACAGUACGGGGCUGGGGGACAGCCUCCCGUCAUGGGGCAACAUGGAGGCCCUGGCAUGCAUAGCCAGCAGCAAUACAUGCAUUCCCCAAUGAGUGGGAUGCAUCAGGGGAGUGGGUUGACCCCCACUCACCCCGGUGGGGGAGGGAUGAGUCACUCAACCCACAACGGGCCUCUCACCCCAGGCUCUAAUAACGCGGGCCUUCACCCCGGUAUUCAUCCCCACAACCCCCCGGGGAGUGGCAGGGGCAACACCCCACAUCAAUUCGGCCAGUCCCCAGGAUAUACCUCCCUCUACAGCAGCUCCUCCUACUCCCCCGCUCCCCCAGGACCCUCCCUCUCCCACUCCUCCUACCCCGACAUCAUGGGCUCCCCCAUGCUAGCCCCCACUCCCCCAAUGGGUUCAUCGUUUAUGGGGUCUCCGGGGCUUAUGGGGUCCGCGAGCGCCAUGUCCCCCAUGUCAGCUGGGGGAGGAAUGGGUGCCAUGGGUGCGAUGGGAGCCUUACACUCCCAAAUGUCAGCAUCACAGCUCCCCUACCCAUACUCUCAGUAUGGGGACGCAGGUCCUCCGCACUAUCCCUCCCCAGCCUCCCACUCUUCAUUCCCCCACUACCACUCCUCAGCUCCCCCUGGCUUCCACGUGCCCUCCCCUCGCUUCCCCUACCCCUCCCCCUACAGCAACUCCCCCUAUGCCCAAGGCUACCCCCAGAACGCCAUGUUCGAGCGCAUCAAGCACUCGGGCAUGGGCAUGAACUUCGGCAGCUUCUAAGAUACGAAUUUGCUUUAAACUUUUUCUUUUAUUGUUUCCAAAGGCAAGAAAAAAGGUUUCUAUCUUGGCGCAUGUGAAUAAUACGCGUAUGUGGUGCGUAAUCAAUACGCGUAUGUGGUGCGUUAUUAUUACGCGUAUGUGGUGCGUUAUUAUUACGCGUAUGUGGUGCGUUAUUGUUACGCGUAUGUGGUGCGUUAUGAAAACGCGUAAAGGGUAAGCUUGGGCAAGGGGCCACGGCUGAGGGGUUGAUACCACAGCCUGUGGCAAUAUCUCCCCUCUGAGUGUUUGUAAAUAAUGAGGUGUCUCUUUAUCGCAGAUAGAACAACUAUCCUUAUAACGAUGUUGAUAACGUUUUAAGGGCGUACCACUUUAG